GGGGAUUACCGGGAACAAUUCUAAAUACACGCGAAGCAAAAGAAUCUUCGUUUGACAGGUUCCGGGCCACUAAAGGACUUUGGCAUCUUCCGGAUUCCGAUUUCCAAAAUGUUGCCUCUGUCUAUUAAAGAUGAUGAAUAUAAACCUCCCAAAUUCAACUUGGUCCGGAAAGUGUCUGGAUGGAUCCGAUCCAUUUUCUCCGACUCUACAUCAAGGAACCUUUUUUGCUUUCUCUGUCUGAAUUUGUCCUUUGCAUUCGUGGAGCUUUUUUAUGGAAUUUGGAGCAACAGCCUGGGCUUGAUCUCUGACUCCUUCCACAUGUUCUUUGAUUGCACUGCAUUGUUAGCUGGCCUGGCAGCUUCUGUAAUCUCUCGGUGGAAAACAAAUGAGACUUUCUCAUAUGGGUAUGUUCGAGCAGAAGUACUGGCUGGGUUUGUGAAUGGACUAUUUCUUAUCUUCACAGCCUUUUUCAUCUUUUCUGAGGGGAUUGAAAGAGCCCUUGACACACCAGAGGUCCAUCAUGAACGUCUGCUUCCUGUUUCCAUAAUGGGAUUUCUUGUGAACCUUAUUGGCAUAUUUGUGUUUCAGCAUGGUGGAGGACAUGGGCACUCGCAUGAAUCUGGCCAUGGACAUAGCCAUUCACUUUUUAAUGGAGCUGUUAGUCAUGGACACAGCCACAGCCAUGGAGGGGGCCAUGGACAUAGCCACGGAGGGGGACAUGAACACGGCCAUAGCCACGGAGGGGGACAUGAACACGGCCAUGAUCACAGUCAUAAACACGGGCAUGGCUAUGGCAGUUCUUGUCAUGAUGAGCCACCAGAGGAGAAUAAAGGAUCCAGCAAGCAGAUUUUAGAAGGUGUAUUUCUGCACAUUGUUGCUGACGCUCUGGGCAGUGUUGGGGUGAUUAUUUCCACUAUCCUGAUGCAGCAAUAUGGACUGAUGAUUGCAGAUCCCAUCUGUUCCAUGCUCAUAGCCCUUCUUAUUUUUGUAAGUGUUAUACCUCUUCUUAAGCAAUCCAUUGGUAUCCUUAUGCAGCGGACUCCUCCCUCCCUGGACCAUGUCCUACCUCAGUGUUAUCAGCGGGUGCAACAGUUACAGGGUGUGUACCACCUACAAGAGCCUCACUUCUGGACCCUCUGCACAGACGUUUAUAUAGGCACACUGAAGCUAGUCAUUGGACCAGAAGCUGAUGCCCGCUGGAUCUUGAGCCAGACUCACAACAUCUUUACACAGGCUGGUGUCAGACAACUGUAUGUACAAAUCGACUUGGCGGCUAUGUAACCCACCAGAUGGCUUUAUUUCUUGGGACCAAAGUGCAGUACAGAACACUAGGAUCCUCCACUCCUGUUAUGUGAUCCAGCAAAGCAGGGGUGCAGCCAUUGGCACCAAAUACCUCUUGUAUGACUCCUCUAUGAGGAGCAGCCUCCCCGUGCUUGAGGCCAUGCCAUCUUUUGUAAAGCUCCCCUUUGUACAGAGUUCUGACCGAGUGUCAGUUGUUGCCUUUUUCACAUCUGUACAACCCCUCACCAACUCUCCCCGACCGAGAUCUGCAGCAAAAAACUGUAUUGAUCAUGACCACAUUCUCUCAGUUACUGUACCUGCACUUUACCUCAGUGACACCAUUUGUGUCCGUGACUUGGCAUCAGAUUAGGAAAAAGCUUCUACAAAAUGCAAAAAUGAGAUCCUCCUGCCAACGGCUGUUUCUGCCCACUAAAAAGGGCCGGCUGUUUUUUGUUUUGUUUUUUAGUCCGCUUGUGAAUCUCACCAGUGUUCUACAGAGCCGUGCCAGCUUUGUUCUUAUAAAAGGAGGCAAAGAAGGUCCAUUGGGGGUUUAGUACUGACCCUCCAAGGCCGUAUGGGACCUGCAAACACCAUGUUUUAAUCAAGUGCCUUUCCCCAUCCUGGCUGGCCCCGCCCUGCCCACUACAGCUCAGCCAGUGAUUCCAAGUGCUUUUGAUUUUUUUUUUUGUUUGGAGCAAGAACAUCACUGUUAAUUUGAUUUUAUGUAUUCCAAGAACCAUGUGAAUGAUUUGCUGCUGGUGAAGCCCUUACACCUCAGAGACGAUGGAUUACUGAUGUAAAACUGAAAUAUGCAUAAAAUAUUUUCUUUUUUUGGAAGUGACUUUCACAAAACAAUUUUAACAGGAAGUAAAAAUAUUUAAUUAAAAAAAAA